GGCUCCUGAUAGGCCCUCGAACCUGUCUGUUUUGACGUGCUGCGCAGGCGCAGAAAGACAAGAGACUAGGCUGUGUGUUCGCGAAGCUGAGCCCCUGGAUCUGUCUGACAUGGCGGAGGUGGAGGAGACACUGAAGAGACUUCAGAGCCAGAAGGGGGUGCAGGGGAUCAUUGUGGUGAACACAGAAGGUAUCCCCAUCAAGAGCACCAUGGACAACCCCACAACCACACAGUACGCCAACCUCAUGCACAACUUCAUCUUGAAGGCGCGGAGCACGGUGCGUGAAAUUGACCCCCAGAAUGACCUGACCUUCCUUCGAAUUCGCUCCAAGAAAAAUGAAAUUAUGGUUGCACCAGAUAAAGACUAUUUCCUGAUUGUAAUUCAGAACCCAACUGAAUAAGCCAUUCUCUUGGCUCCUUGUCAUUCCCUAAUUUAAUGCCCCUACGAGAUAAUGUUGUGUCAACUGGCUGGCGCAUGGAAGUUGCCUUGCAGCCCGCGUAAACCAACCUGAGACCAAGGGCGGGCUGCUCGGCCCACCCCUCCCCAGGGACCCCUCUGCUGCGCCGCCGGCCACCCCUGGAGCUCCUGGAAGAGGGCCCUCCCUCUUUCUCACUUCCGUUUUGGAGCAAGAGCUUGUGAGAAGCCCACACCCAGCUUCCUUCUGACCUUCAGAUCAUCUUGUCGCCCUUGGCAAAGGCUGUUUUUCUUUAACUAAAAAUAACCAAAAUGCA